AUGGACGCAGGAUACGACGCCUUGGAAGAGGCUGCUUCUUCUUAUGCUAAAACUCGGGAUAGGGAUGAUGAGUCUCGAGGUCAUCGAAGUCACCGAGAUAGGGAUAGAGAACACGAUCGUGAUAGGGAAAGGGAUAGAGAAAGAAGGCAUCGUGAUCGGGAAGACCGAGACCGAGAGCGAGAUAGAGGUGAUAGGGAUGAUAGAUACAGACCAUCCGAAAGGGAUCGAGAUAGAGAGAGAGAUCGUGGAGAUAGAUACGACAGAGAUAGGGAAAGAGAGAGACCAAGAAGACGUAGGAGGGAAGAAGAUGAAUUUGAUUUAGCAGCUGAACCUAUGAGUGGAGGAGGAGGAGGAGGGAGUGGACAUAGAGAUAGAAGACCAAGACAUGAGGAUCCCUAUGCUCAACCUAUGAGGGGGUAUAGUCCACCUCGAAGAAGCAGAAGAGGGGAUGAAGAUGAUUGGCGUGCAUCAAGAGAAAGAUCAAGAAGUAGAGAGAGAAGGAGAAGAAGAGGUGGUGAUUUCGCUAGAUCACCUACUCCCCCUGGUACGGUCCCCCUGGAAGAGAGACAUGUAAGGAAUUCUCAUUGGGAUAUUAGACCUGCUCAGUUUGAAGGUGUUGGUGCGAUGGAAGCUAAGAUGACUGGCAUGUUCACCUAUGGUCCAGGUCGUGUCCCACCACCGGCCUCAUUAGGUGUCCCGAACCAAUUGAUGGCGGGUUCAUUCCCACCUGCUAAUCCCCAACGUCAAACCAAGAGAUUGUAUAUCGGUGGUAUCAACGAUAGGAUGAGCGAGCAGCAGAUCCAAGAUUUCUUCAACAAAUUGAUGAGAGAACAUAAUUUGGCGGUGGAUAUGCCUGGUGAACCCGUUGCUACUUGUCAGAUCAAUAACGAGAAGAACUUCGCUUUUGCCGAGUUCAGGACAUCAGAAGAAGCCACAGCGGCCUUGCAAUUCGACGGUGUAAUGUACGAAGGUCAUCCUCUACGUGUCAGAAGGCCCAAGGAUUAUUCUGGUGUAGACCCCUUAGCUUCAUCGUUCGGUGUACCUGGAGGAUCAAUGGUUGAUUCGCCCAACAAACUGUUUAUUGGUGGAUUACCUACGUACCUCAAUGACGAACAGGUAAUAGAACUCUUGAAAGCUUUUGGUGAACUCAAGACUUUCAAUUUGGUGAAAGAGACUGGAAACGUAUCCAAGGGAUUCGCCUUCUGCGAAUAUGUCGAUCCGAACGUUACAGAUAUGGCUAUUCAGGGAUUACACAAUUUCGCUUUGGGUGAUAGAACUUUGGUGGUACAACGUGCUGCUGUGGGCAGAAAUCAAAAUAAUCAUCAUCAUAAUCACGCUUUACCUGGUUCGGCGGCCUUCUUGCAACAAGCUGUACCGAACAUCCUCCAAUCAUCAAAUAACGAGGGGCCGGCCACUCGAGUCAUGUUAUUACUCAACAUGGUCACUCCCGAAGAACUGUACUCUGACGAAGAUUACCAAGAAAUCUUGGAAGAUAUCAACGAUGAAUGUUCGAAAUACGGUGAAGUUGAGGGAGUCCGAAUCCCUAGACCUACACCGAAAAACAAAAAGUGGGCACCUGGUGAUUCGGCCGCUGUGUCCGCUGAGAAGAACAGGCAGAUAGAUGAGGAGAACGGAGUAGGAAGGGUCUAUGUCAUGUAUAGGAAUGUGGAUGAUACGACCAAAGCUAUGAAGGCUAUUGGAGGUAGACAGUUUGGAGGAAGGACGAUUUUGGUAGCUAAUGUUCCUGAGGAAGAAUUCCUCGGCCCUGCUCCUCCCCCACCUCCUCCACCCGAAGGCGAAGAACCAUCCGCACCUGCAGAAUCGGACUCACCACCUCCCCCACCUCCCCCUCCUGCUGAGCCAGAACAGGAUCUGGACGCUGCUGCUGCGGACGCAGUGAAGGAUAUCAUGGCUGGUAUAUUGUAA